AUGAUCUCAGGAGUAAACCUGGUGUCAGUGGAUGUAAUCGAGAGCAGCAAGUUAGCAGAGAAGAUGGAUGAUUUCAUACUGAAUUCCACUGCAAGGACUUUUAACUCAACCUUGAUGCUGGGACCACACAGCUACAAUUUAUAUGACAUUGACAUCCCCGGUGAUGGCUCCCCGGCUAUGAGAAUCAGCAUCUCCAUCACCUACUCCAUAGUUUGUGCCAUUGGUCUGGUGGGGAAUUUGCUGGUCUUCUUCUUGAUGAGGAUGAAGCAAGGACGCAAGAAUUCCACCAUCAACUUCUUCAUCCUGAACUUGGCAGUGACCGACUUUCAGUUCGUCCUCACUUUGCCCUUCUGGGCAGUGGACACUGCUCUGGAUUUCAGCUGGCCUUUCGGGAACGCCAUGUGCAAGAUCAUUCUGUCCCUCACCGUGAUGAACAUGUACGCCAGUGUCUUUUUCUUGACCGCAAUGGGCAUCGCCCGUUACUGGUCGGUGGCUUCGGCGCUGAAGACCAGAAGAAGCCGCGUGUGCUGCUCGGUGAAAUGGGUCAGUUUUCUCCUCUGGGUCGCGGCUAGUCUCGCAACGUUACCCACAGCGGUGUUCUCAACCGCCAGUACAUUUGCAGGCGAGAAACUGUGCUUGCUGAAUUUCCCGGACGAUGGGCAGUAUUGGCUUGCUCUUUACCACAUCCAGAAGAUCACGCUGGCUUUUGUCUUGCCUAUGAUUAUCCUUUCAGUCUGCUAUUUACUCCUUGUUAGAUUCCUUGGAAAACACCACCUCAGUACCAACAAUCCCAAGAGAAAGUCCAGAGUGACCAGGUCUGUUACCAUUGUCAUGCUCUCUUUCUUUCUUUGCUGGCUUCCCAACCACCUUAUAACCCUUUGGGGGGUUUUAGUUAAGCUUAACGCUGUGCCUUGGGACAAAACAUACUACAUUCUGCACGCCUAUGUGUUCCCAGUCACUGUCUGCUUGGCACACACAAACAGUUGUCUGAAUCCAGUGCUGUACUGUUUAUUGAGGAGAGACUUCAGGGAAUCCAUGAAGGAAGUCUUCUGGAAGGUUUCUUCACCUGGCUUGACACACAUGUGUGCCAUUCGACCCUUCUCAGGCACUUUAAAACAAGAACUCGGUGACAUCCAGGUGGGAAUCCCUCUGAACAUUAUUGAGAGCGAGCACUGCAAUCCAGCCUGUGUGAGAAAAUCCACCCUCUAA